ACCUACUGACAGGUGCAUUCUCCACUCCUUUUUUUAAUUUGUAGUGAGAGAAUCUAGAGAGAGAAAGUAACUCCCGGGUUUCACAGAAUCACUCCCUCUCUCUAGGAUGAAGACCACCACAAAUCUCAUAGUCGUCCACCCUUCUACACAUAAGCAAGUUGUUUCUCACCGUAAAUGGCUUAUCAUCAUCCUCUCAUUCUUCACAUUAGCCUUUGCUCUCACUCUCAUCUGCACCACCAGAGACCUCAUUCCCACCACCACCGCCGCCGCCUCCGCCGCCGCGACAGCCUCUCCAUUACCCAAACCCGUAUUCGAUGCCCUCCUCCACUACGCCGCCAAACCCAAUUCCCCCACCUCCACCAAAAUGUCCGCGGCCGAGCUCAGCUCCGUCGCCGCCGUCCUCCGGGGCUGUCCCACCCCCUGCAAUUUCCUCAUUUUCGGUCUGACCCACGAGACCCUCCUCUGGAAUUCCCUCAACCACAACGGCCGAACAGUCUUCGUGGACGAAAACUCCUACUCCGUCAGCAAAAUCGAAGAGAGACACCCGGAAAUCGAAGCCUACGAUGUCCAAUUCACCACCAAAGUGAGCGAUUUACACGACCUUCUUCACCACGCGAGAGAGCAAAUUCGAAAUGAGUGCCGACCUGUACAGAACCUUCUCUUCUCGGACUGCAAAUUGGGGAUUAACGACCUUCCCAAUUUUGUGUACGAAGUGGGUUGGGAUGUGAUCUUGGUGGACGGGCCAAAUGGGAAUUUUCCGGCGGCGCCGGGGAGGAUGGCGGCGAUAUUCACGGCCGGGGUGCUGGCGAGAGGCGGCGGAGGGAAGACCCAUGUGUUUGUGCACGAUGUGAAUAGGGAGGUGGAGAGAGUUUGUAGUGACGAGUUCUUGUGUAGAGAGAAUUUGGUUGAGUCUGUGGAUUUGUUGGGACAUUUUGUGGUAGAAAGAUUGGAUGGUAAGGGAUUUCAGUUUUGUCCAAAGUCUUCAUCUUCGUCGCCUCCAUGGAAAGAUGAUUGAGAUGAACACUCUGAUUAUUUGUUGUAUUACUACUUUUUCUUUUUUUCAAUUGUAUAGUGUGUAAUUUCAAGAGGUUAAUGGUUAAGGUUCAAGUCUCAAAUCUCAAGGAGGAGCAAUGAUGUCAUUCCAAGUUUUGGGUAUUCAAAUUUGAGCCGUGUUUGAUUCGUGAGAAAAGGUGGGAAAAGAUUAAUGCUGCCUUGUCCCAAAAUUUUGUCCAUCCUUCAAUUAUUAUUAUUAUUAUGUUUUUCCCUC